CAGGCGAGGUAGCAAGUGUAGCCUCAGGCAUUACCGGCCGGCGGCCGGAAAAGCCCAAAGUCUUGUUUUCCUCACUGUUCUUCGCCAAGGCCAGCGCACCUUGUUCGCGGUGGGUCAGCCUGUGACGACGCGCUUGUCCGUAUCGGUAAUGUGCACCACUUCGCACAAGCACUUCAACCUCCAACUUUUUUGUGGCUACCCACUUGAACGGCCAAGUCCCGAAUCGCCCCAAUUUAAUCCGCAGCUACGGAGUAGAUUUUUGGCAUCCACCCGCACCUUGGGCAUGAACAGAGGGCAUCCCUCGUCUCUCUCGAGCUGCUAACGGCCAGGCGAAACAAACCCCCCUUCCUCUCUCCUUGUCAGUCUUUUUUCUCCCAAGAGCCGCGACCAGGCGUCCGCUGCUCCCUUUCUUUCCCCUCAUCGACGACUGACGAUUUGCCCUUCAGCCAGCAGUGCGAGCAUUGCGUCCCACCUGCUCAACCCACCACAUACACCACCACCACCCACCACGUCGACUGGAUCCUCGCUCGCUUUUCUCGCUCGCCCUGCUACCAGUAGCGCAGCUCCCGGUCCUUCACUGGCCCGCCCAACCGACCUAGCCAUCUCUCCUAGAUCACCACUUCAAGUUUCUUGUGGCCCUGCACAGAAAAUCGCUAUCAUGGCCGCUCUCGGCGACGACCUGUUGGCGACUGUGAACAAGUUGCAGGACCUGGUCUUCAACACCAUUGGAAAUGACUCUCUCGAUCUGCCCCAGAUUGUUGUCGUCGGCUCACAAUCUGCGGGAAAAUCCUCUGUGCUCGAAAACAUCGUUGGGCGAGACUUCCUUCCCAGAGGCAGUGGCAUUGUGACUCGCAGGCCCCUGAUUCUGCAGCUGAUCAACGUCCCCAGCGAGGAUGAGGCCGAGGACCCCCUUGCCGCUAGCUACCGGAAUCCCAACCAAGCUCUCCGGAAUGAGUGGGCAGAGUUCCACCAUAUUCCCAACCGGAGGUUCACCGACUUUGGGGAUGUGAAGCGGGAAAUUGAAAAUGAGACGGCGAGAGUUGCAGGAAGCAACAAGGGCAUCAACCGCCAGCCCAUCAACCUGAAAAUCUACUCUCCUCACGUCCUGAACCUCACGCUCGUUGACUUGCCAGGACUGACAAAGGUUCCCAUCGGCGAUCAACCUACCGACAUUGAGAAGCAGACUCGAAACCUCAUCUCAGAGUACAUUGCCAAACCAAACAGCAUUAUUUUGGCCGUGUCCCCGGCAAACGUUGACAUUGUCAACUCGGAGGCUCUAAAGCUCGCAAGGCAUGUCGACGCCCUCGGGAGGAGAACGAUUGGCGUUCUUACCAAGGUCGAUUUGAUGGACCACGGCACAAAUGCGCUUGAUAUUCUUUCCGGCCGUGUGUAUCCUCUGAAGCUGGGCUGGAUCGGAGUCGUCAAUCGGUCGCAGCAAGACAUCCAAGGUAACAAGCCCAUGGAGGAGGCAUUGAAGUCAGAGAUGGAAUUUUUCAGGCACCAUCCCGCAUAUCGGAACAUUGCGACCCGCUGCGGCACCCAAUUUCUGGCCAAAACUCUUAACACGACCCUCAUGGCACACAUCCGCGACAGGCUUCCCGACAUCAAGGCUCGCCUCAACACUCUUAUGGGACAGACUCAACAGGAGCUCGCCAGUUAUGGAGACAUGCAUUUUAGCGGCAAAGAGCAUCGAGGCUCGCUCAUCUUGACCCAGAUGACACGCUUUGCGACAUCGUUCAUAUCCUCCAUUGAUGGUACUUCUACCGAAAUUUCGACCAAGGAGCUCUGUGGUGGCGCCCGUAUCUAUUACAUAUUUAACUCGGUGUUUGGAAGCUCACUGGAAUCGAUCGACCCCACGUCGAAUCUUUCUGCGCACGACAUUCGGACGGCGAUCCGCAACUCUACCGGCCCUCGGCCCAGCCUGUUUGUCCCCGAAAUGGCCUUUGACCUGCUUGUGAAGCCGCAGAUCAAGCUUCUCGAAUCCCCAAGUCAACGAUGUGUUGAGCUCGUUUACGAGGAGCUCAUCAAGAUCUGCCACACAUGUGGAUCCAACGAGCUUUCCCGCUUCCCCAGGCUUCAAGCUAAACUGAUUGAGGUUGUGUCUGACCUUCUCCGGGAGAGGCUCGGCCCGGCAUCGACAUAUGUAGAAUCCCUGAUUUCCAUUCAGCGAGCGUACAUCAACACGAACCACCCCAACUUCCUUGGCGCCGCCGCAGCCAUGAGUCACGUUGUUAGCAACAAGCAAGAGCGGGAGAGAAAGCGCCUGAUUCAAGAAGAGCGGGAGAGAAGAGAACGGAGGCGGCUAAAGGAGCUCGGCGCCAACGGCGCGGACACUCCCGCUGAGGAGGAGGAGGACAAGGGGACGCCAGAAAAAGAAUCCGUCGCGAUACGAAAGGCGGCUGCCAAGAACGUCCGUAGCCUUUCACCUGCGGUACGCGAAUCUGCAUCAGGCGGUCUUGCUGCUGCGCUUAACGGAGGUCGCUCGGACUCUCCUGCCCGGUUGAACGGACAAGGGUUAGGCAACGCGAAAGACUCGUUCCUUAACUACUUCUUUGGUAAGGAUGGCGCCAUUGUGCCGGGAGCACCACCUCCUCACUCACAAAUGGGCCGCCAUAUCAACCAAAUGUCGGAGCCUUCCUUUAGCCAGAGCAUGAGGCGGCAAGAAGAGAAGCCGAUGCGAUCUCCCAUGAUGCCGCUCAGAAGUGACGAUAAUCUCGACUUUACGUCCAAGACCACCGAAACUGCCGAUGGUAGCAGCGAUCCAGCCAUGACGGACCGCGAAGCUAUGGAAGCGGAGCUUAUUCGGGCGCUAAUCAGCUCCUACUUUAACAUUGUUCGUGAGAGCAUUGCGGACCAGGUGCCCAAAGCCAUCAUGCACUUGCUCGUUAACCACUGCAAGGACGUGGUUCAGAACCGACUGGUGAGCGAGCUGUACAAGGAGUCGAUGUUCGAAGAGCUCCUGUACGAGGAUGAUGCCGUCAAGAAGGAGCGUGAGAAGUGCGAGAAGCUGCUCCAGACCUACCGCGAGGCGGCCAAGAUCAUCGGCGAAGUCGUAUAG